AUGGCUUCUUCUUCUUCACUUUCUCUACCUCCUCCAUCCGAUGUCUUCCUCAACUUCCACGGGCCAGAUGUUGGCAGAGGCUUUCUCAGUCGCAUUAUGAAGGAGUUCAGAAGCAAAGGAACCACCCCGUUCAUUGACAAUGAAAUCAAGAUCGGUCCCGAGGUCAUAGAUUCUAUCAGAGGAUCGAGAAUCGCGAUUGUCAUGCUCUCAAGGAACUACGCUUCCUCGUCGUGGUGCCUCGACGAGCUGGUGGAGAUUAUCAAGUGCAGUGAAGAAUUGGGUCAAGUAGUGGUGCCCAUCUUUUAUCAAGUGGAUUCGAUUGAUGUAAAGAAGCAGACCGGAGAUUUUGGGAAUGUCUUCAGAGAAACCUGUAAUGGUACAACAGAGGAUAAUAUCGAGAACUGGAGCCAGGCUUUGYCSAGAGUGGCUACAAUCGCUGAUUCCUUAGGUGAUGAUGAUACAGAAAGAUGGAGAAGCCAAAUACCCGAUUCACACGAUGGUGAAUCGAUUCAGAGAAUCCUAGAGUAUCUUGCAAAAGGUUCCUCGGAAGAAGUUUUAUAUACAAGUGAAAGAGCUUUCAAAGACACUGUAUGUAUCUACUGCGAAGAUAGAUUACAAUACUCCUUCGCCAGCCACCUCUCCAUAAAUUUCCGCCGGAAGUGCAUUGAUGCAUUUGUAAGUUGCAAUGAGACUCUGGAUGUGAUCGAGGGAGCUAGCGCUGCUGUUGUGGUUUUCUCCAAGAGCUGCUUGUCCUCCACCCCAUGUCUGAACAAGCUCAUGAGCGUUCUUCAGUGGCGGAGGAGAACCGGCCUGCUGGUGGUUCCAGUGUUCUAUGGCAUUAGUUCAUCAGAUGUGGUCGUGCAGGAGCACGAGUCAGCUGAUAGGAUAAGAGUAUGGAAUAGAGCGCUCCAAGAGCUGAGAGAAUUACCAGGCCACCACUCUAGGGAGAAAUGGAGUGACUGCGAGCUUGUGGAUGAGAUUAUCAAAGAUGUGUACGAAAAACUCUUUCCCACUCAACAAAUUGGAAUCAACUCAAGACUGCUGGAGAUAGAACAGUUACUUUGCAAGCAACCAUGGGGUAUCCGUCGCAUAGGAAUUUGGGGUAUGCCUGGGAUAGGCAAGACGACACUUGCUAAAGCAGUUUUUGAACAGAUCUCUGGAGGCUAUGAGGCUUCAUGCUUCAUCAAACACUUUGACGAAGCUUUCCAGGAGAAGGGACUUCACCGUUUAUUGGAGGAACAUUUUGGGGGAUUUUUUAAGGAAUUGCCUCAUGUAUGUAGUAGCAUUACAAGACCUAGCCUCCCCGACGACAUAUUAAGCAAGAAGAGAACUCUUGUUGUUCUUGAUGAUGUCCACAAUCCUUUAGUUGCCGAGUCUUUUCUCAGGGGGUUUCAUUGGUUUGGCCCAGGAAGCUUAAUCAUCAUAACUUCCAGAGAUAAACAAGUGUUCCGUCUUUGUCAGAUCAAUCAUGUGUACGAGGUUGAGAGCUUAAAUGAGAAAGAAGCGCUGCAGCUAUUCACACAGUGUGUUGGAAAAGAUAUAAGAGAACAGGAUCUCCUUGAACUAUCAAUGGAAGUGAUUGACUAUGCUAAUGGAAAUCCAUUAGCUCUCAGCUUUUAUGGCAAAGAGCUUAAGGGAAAGAAACUGUCAGAAAUGGAGACCUUAUUCCUCAAAUUUAAGCUACGUACUCCAUAUAAGAUUCAUGAUUUAUUCAACAGCAGUUACAAAACACUUACUGACAGCGUGAAGAACAUUUUUCUCGACAUUUCUUGUUUCUUUGUGGGAGAAGAUGUUGAAUAUGUGACGCAACUACUUGAGGGUUGUGGUGUUUUUCCACAUGUUGGGAUUGAUGUUCUUCUGGAGAAGUGUUUGGUGACAAUUACAGAAAACAGAGUGAAAAUGCAUAGAAUAAUCCAAGACUUUGGCCGAGAAUUAAUCAACAGAGAAACAAUACUAAUCGAGAGGCGUCGCAGACUGUGGGAACCUUGGACUAUCAAAUUUCUACUUGAAGAUGGCAAACUUGAAGCAAACGAAGAUCCCAAAGGCACUGAAGACAUAGAAGGCAUAUAUCUAGACACAUCGAAUUUACCCUUUGAUGUGAAGCCCACUGCUUUUGAAAAUAUGCUUAACCUCAGGCUCCUGAAGAUUUACUGUUCCAAUUAUGAAAACCUUUAUGGACUCGGCCUUCCAAAAGGACUUCAGUCUCUGCCUUGUGAGUUAAGACUCCUUCACUGGGAGAACUAUCCUUUGCAAUCCUUGCCACAAGACUUUGACCCAAGCCACCUUGUUGAACUCAAUAUGUCUUACAGUCAUCUUCAGAAACUUUGGAGAGGUUCCAAGAACCUCGAUAUGCUGAAGGUGGUCAGGCUUUGUCAUUCCCAGCAGCUGACUGAAAUUGACGAUAUUUGUAAAGCUCAAAGUAUCGAGCUAAUAGAUCUCCAAGGCUGUACAAAACUUCAGAGUUUUCCAGCUACGGGUCAAUUACAGUAUCUCCGAGUUGUAAACAUCUCAGGUUGUAGAGAGAUCAAAAGUUUCGCAGAGGUUUCACCAAAUAUUGAGGAACUAGGUCUCCAGGGAACUGGCAUAAGAGAAUUAAUAUCUGUUGGAAAGGCCACUAAUCUCAAGAAGUGCAUCAAGGUUAGACGCGCAUUGAGAAGAAAUUUCUUUGUCCUCAAGGGUGAACAAAAUGAUGAGCACUAUGUGUCCUUAGUUCUUCGUAGAGUAUAUGGGAAAGAACGUGCGUGGAAAGUUCAUUUCUUGUUCUAUCAAGAAGGCAACACUGCUUCUAACGUGUCCAGGGGCAAGAGGAGACUGCUUUUCAUGAUACUUGUGGGUCGGUAA